AGGAGGAGGAGAGCCAGUGCAUUUGAGGUAUCUCAUUAGCUGUCAGAUACAGUGCUCACAGGAGGAGACAUGAGAAGACAUCUUAUCCAUUGCGUCAGCUUGUUACUUUAUGUUUGAAAUCUGCUUUGUGUGUUGGUGCUCCCAAGUGAUCUGAAGCAGUGAGCUGAGAUUACAAAGAAACCAGUUAGUGUGUUUGGAUAUGCGGCGUCUUUGAUUGGAGGAUUUGAAUACAAAGAAAAAGCGCUGAACCUGAGAAAGGAAAUAAAUUAAGACCUUUCUUAUGUGAGAUGGGAGCCGUGCAGGUGGUCUUGAGCAGAGAGCUGUGAACUUCAUGUGUCGGUCGGGGAAGCACUGAAAUGAGUCGCGGGCAUCACUUUAUAAGCUCUUUGCCUGUCUAGUUGAGUGAGUCAAGCUUCAGUUUGAUCAACCCUCCUGAUAUUCUCAGACCAGGAGUCCCAGCGCAUUGCACAGUCCAGCAGGACCGAGGAACUUUUAAAUUUGCUUUCCAGAGGAUCUGGAUCUGGCUGACUUGGCUUUGUUUCUUGGAGACGCUUUGCACUCUUUCAUUGAAUUUUCUCUGUGAUAACCGUGCAUCCUCUGAGACAGGAUGCAGGUGUCGUUUGUUUGCACAGACCACCGGUCCAUGAGCCGUAGCACAGAUGACAGGCUCAAUCGACAAAACGCUAACAGUCCAAGCACUGGUACCCGAAGCAAGUUCAAAGCCGUGGCCAUGGUGGCCAGGAGCCUCGGGCAGCUUUCUGUCCAGAGCGUCCCUUCUUCAAGUGACCAAAGCAUGAGAACUGGCAUGAAGUAUAGAAACCUGGGGAAGUCGGGCCUGAGAGUCUCAUGUCUUGGAUUAGGAACAUGGGUGACAUUUGGAGGACAGAUCACAGAUGAGAUUGCAGAGCAGCUGAUGACUCUGGCAUACGAGAACGGGAUCAAUCUGUUCGACACGGCAGAGGUCUACGCUGCAGGAAAGGCGGAGAUGGUGCUGGGCAACAUCAUAAAGAAGAAAGGAUGGAGACGCUCCAGUUUAGUCAUUACAACCAAAAUAUUUUGGGGUGGAAAAGCAGAGACUGAGAGAGGACUGUCAAGAAAACACAUUAUAGAAGGUUUGAAGGCAUCAUUGGAGAGACUGCAGUUAGAGUAUGUGGACGUAGUGUUUGCAAACAGACCAGACCCCAACACACCCAUGGAAGAGACUGUGCGGGCGAUGACCCAUGUGAUCAAUCAGGGAAUGGCGAUGUACUGGGGAACGUCACGCUGGAGUCCGAUGGAAAUCAUGGAAGCGUACUCUGUGGCCCGACAGUUCAACCAGAUCCCACCAAUCUGCGAACAGUCGGAGUAUCACAUGUUCCAGAGGGAGAAGGUGGAGGUGCAGCUUCCCGAGCUCUUCCAUAAGAUCGGUGUGGGUGCGAUGACAUGGUCCCCGCUGGCCUGUGGGAUAAUCUCAGGGAAAUACGACAGCGGGGUGCCAGCCUACUCUCGUGCCUCACUAAAGGGCUACCAGUGGUUGAAGGACAAGAUCUUGAGCGAGGAGGGCCGACGCCAGCAGGCGAAGCUGAAAGAGCUGCAGGCAAUCGCUGAGCGGCUGGGCUGCACGCUGCCACAGCUAGCCAUCGCGUGGUGCCUGAGAAAUGAAGGUGUGAGCUCUGUGCUCCUUGGAGCCUCCAGCACGGAUCAGCUCAUGGAGAAUAUAGGAGCAAUACAGGUUCUUCCAAAGUUAUCCUCCUCCAUCGUGCACGAGGUGGACAGUAUCCUGGGCAACAAACCCUACAGUAAAAAGGACUACCGCUCCUAGUGUGGAACCGGAUGGGACCGGAUGCUCCACACCCACCUUUGCCUGAUCCUCCGUUCGCUUCAGCUUUUACUGAAUGAGUACCGGCCGCAUGAGACGGGCAAGCACCCACAAACCCUGGAGAGCAAGACUUUUAGAACACAAAGGGCAAGAAACAUG